UUCAAGAACUGUAACAACAAGAAUUUCAUAACUCUUUGUAGAAUAUGUCAAAUUUAAAUAUUUUUUGGAUCUUUAAAGAAAGCUUCAUUUUUUACUUACAAGCAGAGCUGUACUCCUGCAUGCCAGAAACAAAAUAAAUUCUUAUUACUUUUUCAUUUCUUUAAGGUUACAUUGUAAAAAUAAUAUUUCAAAGGUUGGAGUAAUCUUCACAUGAGAAACUUCUAUAUAACUAUUUUCUUAAUGCAUAAGCUUAUCAAAAAGCAGUAAGUACACAAUCUAAAUUAGUACAAUUAUCAGUGAUUGUUUUUUAGUUUUAGAAAUUGCAACAAUGUGUCUGUAUGAUUCUGUUUCAAAAGUUUAUAUUGUACUCUUUUCAAAUUACUGUGUUCAAAAGAAAAACAAUUUCAAAAAUAUUUGAACAAUUUUACUUUUUUUUUGAUAUUAUUGUGCACAUUUGCUGUUUCACAAACUGAUGAAGACAAAAUACUGGAGAAGCAUAAAGAUAUGUUUGUAUUGUUUAGGAUAUCUUACCUUAAAUGUUAUUGUGUAACUUAUGAGCAUGUUGAAAGCACAGAUUAUACUAAUGUGUUGUGAAUAUUACAGUAUAUCUAUUAAAAGAACAUAUAAUAAAUAGUACAUUAUUCAAAUUUCAAUACAAUUAUUUAGAAGCAUUGAUAUAAAUACUGUGGUCAGGAGGACUGUAAAUUAAUAGCAAAUAUCUAACAUUUUUUCCUAGAAAAAUGUAUAUUACACUGAAUGAAAAAGCCAAGAAUAUGCUUGUGAUGAGUUCUCAGAGUUUAAAAAGUUCUGAAAAUAAUACCUUUGUUCGUCCAGAAAUGUUUUAUAUAAGAGGCUUAAAGGAAAUGUCCUUUGCUAACUGUUUUUAUAUUUUUUUAUUUAUUAUGUAUAUUUUUGCACUUUUUUCAAAUAUAUUUGUCAUUAUAUUAAUAUAUUUAGAUCAAAGUCUUCACAAUCCAAAAUAUCUUGCUGUUGUUCACUUGGCCUUAGUCGAUUUAGGCACAACUACAGCUGUCAUUCCUAAACUGAUAGAAAUGUUUCUUUUUAACUCCAGUUUUAUUUCAUAUGAAGCGUGUUUAGCUGAUAUGUUUUUUGUUCAUUUCUUUAACGCAAUGCAGUCACUUUCACUGUUAAUAUUAGCUUAUGACCGCUUUCUUGCCAUAUGCUUCCCUCUUCAAUAUCACAGCAUUAAUACUAACAGCAGGAUGGUAGGAAUCAUAGUGUCACUCUGGAUGUUUGCUGCAAUCAAUUUAUCCAUUACUGUGCUUCUAAUCACAAGACUCAGCUUCUGCCAGUCCACGGUGGUAAACAGUUAUUUUUGUGAUCAUGGACCCGUGUACUUCUUAGCCUGCAAUGACAUUUACCCAAACGAAACGAUUGGUUGGUUCGAUACAGUUGUGUUUCUUGUAAUACCAUUAUGCCUCAUUCUCUGUUCUUAUAUAUUCAUUGGUGUUACACUGUUUAAAAUGACAUCAACUGAUGGAAAGCAAAAAGCACUAAAAACCUGCAUUUCACACAUUAUCUUAGUUAUAAUAUUUUAUGUUCCCCUGACUCUUACGUAUAUUUUGGCACAGUUUAUUGAUUCCAAUAUAAGAAUUCUUAAUAACUCUCUGUCUGCUACAAUUCCAUCAAUGCUGAACCCCAUUAUUUACACACUAAAAACUGAUGAGAUGAAGACAGCUAUGAAGAAAGUAGUUAAAAUCAAAUUUCUGGCAUAGUAAUUGUGUUAUUACAUUACAGAGUAUAAGAUAAUUACAAGUUAUAACUAAUAAAGUAAAUUCAAAUGUAUCUGUGCAGAUGUCAUUGUUUUGUUGACUAAGUUUUUGUAUUUGAUUAAAUAAUCACUUAUUUUAAGAACUGUUUUUUUCCUUGUGAACAGUUUUGUAAUUUUGUAGCCUUUGUCAUAGACUAGUAGAUUAAAUAAGCAUUACUUCAUUGAUUGUAUGAACAGUGGAAAUUUGAGUGCUUUUUUCUUAAAUGUUAAAAUUAAGAAUGUAAAAUUAAGAAUGUUUCCCUUUGUACAUAAAUGUAUUUUAUCUCUUUGUUUUGAUACAAGAAGCAUUUAUUAGAUAUUCAACAUAUUUUUCAUGAAGGAAAAAUUAAAUUUUGAAGUUAACAUUUUAUUAACAAAUGGAUAAAACAUCACAAAUUAAAUUUGCAACAUUAAAAAAGGCUGAAUUCAUUUUUUUACUUGAUGUGUACUUUAUCUCCAAGUCUUGAGUACCGCACAAAAUUACAAAUAUAGUUAAACCAUUACACAAAAUGCAGAAAAAAUAAAUGCAGUAUUUAUGUGGAACCUAACUCUCUUUCAGACAAACAGAGAACACCAGAAUAAUUAAAAUAUUCAUUGUUUUUGGAUAAAUUUAUUUAACUUUUUUCCCAUUAUGUAAAUGAAGAUGUAAAUAAAUUCCACUGUUUUUUAAAAAACUGCAGCAUUCAUUCUGAUGGUACAUGGUC